AGAUCAGGGAAAGGAGGGAGGAAAUGUGCUCGCAUGCACACACACACACACACACACACACACACACACACACACACACACACACACACACACACUCACAGCAUCUUUGUGCAAGCAUCACAGUAUAAGGAGUAAGAGCAUCCUGCUUCAUUCACAGUCAUAGUUCCUCCGAUCUGCGCUCCUCUGUUUUCUCAGCAGCAUGGCAGAAGGUUCUGGCUCGGCGUCCUUGGCGGAGUUGGAGACGGCGUUCAAGAAGUUUGCGGUGCAUGGAGACACCAAAGCCACAGGGAAGGAAAUGAGCGGGAAGAACUUUGCCAAGCUGUGCAAAGAUUGCAAGGUGAUUGACGGCAAGAGCAUCACCAUCACCGACGCCGACAUCGUCUUCAGCAAAGUCAAAGACAAGACGGCACGUGUGAUUACGUUUGAGCAGUUUACCCAGGCACUUGUGGAGUUGGCUCCAAAGCGUUUUAAAGGGAAGAGCCAGGAGGAGGCCCAGCAGCUCCUUUAUGGCCUCAUUGCAGGCAAAGAGCCGGCUAACUUGGGCAUCACGAAAGUAGCGAAGGCGGGAGCCGUGGACCGCUUGACAGACACCAGUAAAUACACCGGCUCUCACAAGGAACGCUUCGAUGACUCGGGAAAGGGCAAAGGCAAAGACGGAAGAGAGGAUAUCCCUGAUACGAGCGGCUACGUGAGCGCAUACAAGGGCCACGGCACUUAUGACAGCAAAGUGAAAGAAGAACAAUGAAAGGAAGAGGAAGAUUCUGAUCAUCACUAUUGCAUGUAGUAUUAUAUAUAUAUAAAUGUAUCUAUACCCACUUCAUUUCCAUGGAACACAAACUAGCCUUAAGGGUUAGCCACGAUAUAUAUAUAUAUAUAUCUUUAUAACAACUAACUCUUAAGUAACCUUCCACAAAUCACGUCACAAAUGCUUUAUCUUUUGCUUUGUUGUCCUAAUAUUAGUGCCUUAUAGUGGUCAUCACUUACACUGUAGAUUUAGUGUGUGGGUUGAAAAUCGUUAAGCUAACACACUUUAUACCGAAACUAACAACAUAAUCCAGUGAGCAAUGAACUAGCAUUCUCUGCAUUAUUUACUCUUUUGUCUGUAUGUUGAAAGACAGAUUUAUCUCAGCGGGUAGAAUUUGCAAAGCUUGCAAAUACAAAGCUUUCCCUGAUAUCACUCUUUCUGUAAAGCAAGCAAAUGUUUUCUUUUGGCAAGAAUUUCUUUAGCAUUUGUAACUGAACAGAUUGACCAUUCCCCAAAAUAAAGUAUAUCCUCAAAUCAAAA